AUGGCGUACCACAACCACCUCUCCCAGCAGGACCUUCCUCUCCACCACUUCACAGACCAAACCCAGCAACAGCACCAGCCAUUUCAAUCCGACCAACCCGACCCGAACUCCAAGCCCACGGAGCCCCACCACCCAUUUCAGCCCGCCCCAAAUUGGCUCAACACCGCCCUCCUCCGCAACUAUACCAACGCAGACGCCAACAACAACCAUAACAACAGCCCAAACAACAACGGCGGCGGCGGCGCUUCCAAUUUCCUCAACCUGCACGUCACCGCCUCCGACUCCACCACCUCCCAGGCCUCCAACCAAUGGCUCUCACAGCCCCACCGCCCCAUCCUCCACCGCAACCAUAGCGACGUCAUCGAUGACGUCACCGCCGUCGCGGGCGACUCCAUGAUCGCCGCCACCAUCUCCCACGACUCCGCCGACCUCAAGCCCGACAGCAGCCUCAACAAGACGGACAUCGUCGUGGAGAGCGGCGGCGGCGGCGGAGAUGGCGGAAUGAUCAACUGGCAGAACGCAAGGCACAAGGCGGAGAUUCUGGCCCACCCGCUGUACGAGCCGCUGCUGUCGGCACACGUGGCUUGCCUGCGGAUCGCCACGCCGGUGGACCAGCUGCCGAGGAUCGACGCCCAGCUGGCUCAGUCGCAGAAUGUGGUGGCUAAGUACUCGGCUUUGGGCCACGGCAUGGUCGGCGAUGAUAAGGAGCUCGAUCAGUUCAUGAGGCAUUAUGUUUUGUUGCUUUGUUCUUUUAAAGAACAACUGCAACAACAUGUCCGGGUGCAUGCCAUGGAAGCAGUGAUGGCUUGCUGGGAGAUUGAGCAAUCACUACAAAGCUUAACAGGAGUUUCCCCCGGUGAAGGCACGGGUGCUACGAUGUCUGAUGAUGAAGACGACCAAGUCGACAGCGAUGCAAACUUGUUUGAUGGAAGCAUGGAUGGUCAUGACAGCAUGGGAUUCGGCCCUCUUAUCCCGACAGAGAGCGAAAGGUCGUUGAUGGAGCGUGUGAGGCAAGAGUUGAAGCAUGAGCUGAAGCAGGGUUACAAGGAGAAAAUCGUAGACAUACGGGAGGAAAUUUUGCGCAAGAGACGAGCUGGAAAGCUUCCUGGUGACACCACCUCUGUGCUAAAAGCUUGGUGGCAAUCACAUUCAAAGUGGCCAUAUCCAACUGAGGAAGACAAGGCUAGGUUGGUACAGGAAACUGGUUUGCAAUUAAAGCAGAUAAACAAUUGGUUCAUCAAUCAGAGGAAGAGGAACUGGCACAGCAAUCCUUCAACUUCCACAGUUUUGAAGAGCAAACGCAAAAGGACUUCAUGGAAGAAGACAACAGGGUUGAAGUGA